AUGGUGUGGCGGACGGCUCUGAAAGGUGUGCUGUUCCUGCUCGGCUCGGUCUGCUACGCGCUGCUCGGCGUGCUGUCGCAGCUGUCCAAGUCGCCCGACGGGAGCUACGCCUACUCGAUGCCGGGCGUCGUGUUCACGGCGGAGGCCGUGAAGCUCUGCCUCAGCUUCGCGAUGCUGUCCGCGGAGCGGGGGUCGCUGCCCGCGGCCGCUGGGGCAGUCCUGGGCGGCCCGCUCGGGCACUGGCUUGCGUACGUGGUGCCCUCGCUGCUCUACUCCGUGAACAACAACCUGGACAUGCUGAACAACCAGCAUAUGGAUCCGGCCACCGAGCAGGUGCUGGUGCAGGGCAAGAUCCUGACCACGGGGAUCGUCUGGUGGCUCGUGUUCCGGGAGCACAUGCCGGCCCGCAAGUGGGCCGCCCUGGUGCUCCUCUUCCUGGGCACGGUGCUGACGGGCUGGCCGGCCUCGGACGACGGGGCGCCCGCGGAGCGGAAGAGCAUGUACAUAGACGCCACUGGAGUCUUCCUCGUCUUCGCUUACAUUUGGAUCAGCGCAUCCGCGGGUGUCUACAACGAGUGGCUCUACAAGCACGUAGGCAGGGAUGACAGCAUCCACGUAUCCAAUAUCCGAUUGUAUGCCAUUGGAUGCGUCGUCAAUUUUUCUGGGUAUAUGGCGAGUGCGUCUCCAAGCCAGGGCAUGGGCGGUGUGCUCACCGGCUUCAACAGGUACCCGCACGGCGAAUCGUUCCGGAAUCGAUUCUCCCUCCUGCCUCCACCUGCUUAUCCAAUGUGUUUUCUCCUGGAAGGCAGCGGCAGCCGACGACGAGCUCCAGGGGAAGCGGGAAGCAUCUCUCAUGCAGACACCAAGGGGUGA